AUGGGCCGUCUGGCAGCAGCGGUCGCGCGGCGGUCGGCCGGCGGCUCGGCCGAUGGCGGGGACGUGCGGUGGCGGCGGCGGCCCAGGCGUCUGGCGACUGGCGGCGGCCGGGCGCGGUCGGCCUCCGGCGGCGGCGCGGCAAGAACGGUCGGCCGACGCGACAGCGGCGGCGGCGAAAGUCGGUCGGCCUCGGCGGCCGGCGGCGCGUCCGGCGACCGGGCGGCGACCAAGGCGGCGGCGCGCGACGGCGACCAAGCGGGCGGGCGGCGUCCGGCGGCGACAGGCGGCGAGCCGGCGGGCGCGUCUGACGGCGAUCGGGCGCCCGGCGGCGGCGUCACGGUGACCGGCGGCGACCGCGCGGCUAACAGCGACGGCGAUCGGCGAGCGGCGUCCGGCGGCGACGGCGACAGCGGCGGCGACGUCGCGGGCGGUCCCGGCGAUCAAGGGCGACCGGGCGGCGGCCGGCAGCGACGGCGAUCAGCGGCGACAGCGGCGGGCGUCUGA